CAUCUCGAGACUGAGGACGGCCCUCAUUCUGACCUUCUCUAUCUCCUCUCUUUUCCUAUGUUUCUUCCUUCUUCCUUCUUCCUUCUUGGUUGAAAUUCUAGCGUAUCAGAGUCAUGGUGGCCUGACCAUCGCUCGGCUAUCACUCUUCCGCUGCAAUUCUCUCCAUCCUCUGUUUCUCUUGUGUUUGAAUUUACAGAAAUCUAAGCGAAGAAACCCCAAAACCCCCAAAUCAGAAUUCCCAAACCCUAAAAUUUUCAAUCUCUCUUACCACCCCAAAUUCUCACCACCUUGACCAUUCGUGCAUGUCGUCAUCGGCUACUGGAGUCGCCGGAAAUGUAAAAGAAUCGCCGGAGCAGUGGAAAUUUCUCGGCUUCGCUAGAGCCCGUCGAUGGAAACCCAAGCCGGUGGAAACCCAAGCCAUAGAAUUUGUCGCGAUGUCGAGAGGAGUUGAAUGAGACCUGUGCGCCUCCGUUUAGUGGCUGGACGGAAGAUUUCUGGUCGGGUCUUCUUUGCGGUUUCCGGGUUCGAGAAACGGGUCUCCAGCACUUUGCGGUUGCAUGUUGUGCAGGUGGAGCGAAAGUGAGAGAGGCCUCUGAGAUUGUAACCGUCUUCUCUAAAUUCGUAGACAUGGUUGCUCUCAAGUUUCACCAGUACCAGAUGGUGGGUAGGGCUCUCCCCAAGGAUGCCGAGGACACCCCCAAGAUCUUCCGCAUGAAGCUUUGGCACACCAAUGAUGUUCGCGCCAAGUCCAAGUUCUGGUAUUUCCUGAAGAAGGUGAAGGUGAAGAAGAGCAAUGGCCAAAUUGUUGCCAUCAAUGAGAACAGGUUCAGUCUGGCAAGGCUUCUGAAAAGCUGUUGUUUACGUACUUCCCUUUCCUGGGACGAGUAGUUCAAUGAUUGGCAAGAGACCUAUUCUGGGCAGGAAAAAGAAGGCUUGAGAUACACAACUCACUGACUCAGACUUUGUAAUUCUAUCGUCAUUUUAGGAGUUUCGUAUUGUCAUUUUUUCUGAUUGAAAUGCUCAUUGUGUUUGUGACCUCAAUCUUUUGAUGAAACUAAUCUUAUUAAUGAAUGACAGAUUUAUGCAAAA